UAGAUAUAUUUAUGAAUAGGAAAGUGAGGCGAAUCUGUAAACAAGCAUGGCGGCUAAAUUUUCAUAUCUGAAAUAAUUUUUAACUUUUGACCGAUUUCCCGUUGCUUCGUCUGAAAUUCUUGAAGAUAUAUAAUCCAGCUUGUUCCAUGAACUCAAAAAGGAUGCAGUGGAACUAUAAAAUAGCCUAAGAAAGAUGAGUGAUGGUGGGCCCCCUCCAGGGAUGUCAUUCCCGCAGAAGGUUCACACAGAAGAUGAGGACUUUGUCAUUGAGCUUGAUGAAAACCACAUGGCUGGUUCUCAUGAUAGCUAUGGCAUGGAUGAUCGAUCAAGAUGUAAGCGUCGAAAAAGAUGUGGUCAGUGUGGUCCGUGUCAGGUUAAAGAGAACUGUAUGAAAUGUCAUUUUUGUAUCCGCAAAGAUGUGCUCAAGCAGACAUGCAUUUAUCGGAAAUGUGUAUAUUUGAGGUCAAAACCAAAACCAUACAGUCGUCCUCAUCAGAGUCCACAGGGUCGAGUAUCGCCGCCAAGGGAUAUGGUUCAAUCUCCUCCAGGAGUCAGAUCGCCACCAAAUGCCCAGACUCAUCCAGGCAUGCCUUUCCCAGACACUGGAAUCCAUAUGCCAGAACCGCGUCCGGAAAACCACCCGUUCUUCCCAGCACAACUACCUCAGCAGUCCACAGUGACCGCACAGCAAAAUAAUGGAUAUGUCUCUCCGCCCAAUCCUAUGAUGGAUAACAGAACACCUUCAUUACCAAAUCAUACUGCUGGUUCUUCUAUGAAUAUGCAGAUGAGUGCUAGCCCUCAUGUUCCGAAUAAUGCCAUUUCUCCACCUGUUCAGAAAAUGCAGGAUGCAACUUCCCCUGUUGCACCUCAACCUGUAAAUAGUCCAAUGGCAGCAAUACCUGGCAUUCCUACACCCGUUUCAUCUUGUUCUAGUAUUACCCCUCAUAUCCCAUCCAUGCCUCAUAUGGGGUCCCAUGUUCCUCCGGUAUUUUCACCACCAUCAAUGUCAAGUGGCUCUCUUACUAAUAUUCCCACUAUUCCUACACUACCCAGUGUGCCUGGUAUUGGUGAAAGAACAGUAAAUGAAUUCAGGCCCCCUGACCAGUUCCAAUUGACUCCACAUCAUCCACACCCUCAUUAUCCCCCAGUUCAUCCUCAUCCACACAUGCCACCUAGGGAUACAGGUUUAUUUGGAGACCCAUCAAGGGUACCUCAUAUGAACUUUAAUACAUCAAAUCACAUGGAUUCAUUGGCGCGUGGACCAAAUGACUCAUCAUGCAUGUAUCAUCCUGGAUUGCCAUAUUCAGUGCCUGGACAUUAUCAACCAAGUGGGCAUUCAUUUAUACCAGGUGCUGCUGAAAUGAAUCCGUUCCGUUCUAAUUUUCUGAACUCAUUUCCACCUGGAUAUUCGUAUCCUCCGGACAGAUACAGGGAUGGAUUUGGAUCAUUGCCUUUUUCUAGGUUAGGAAUGUCAUCAUCAGCGACAUUUCCUCAAUAUCCAGGUCAAGGCCAUGGAUAUGGCAUGGGAAACUCUUUUUCUCAACAAUAUUACAAUUCUCAGCACGGGUGUCCAAAAAACGGCUCACGCCCUCCUGUUUCACCCAGCACUGACGAUGUGAAGGUGUUACAGGCAGGGUAUAAAAUUAAUGAAAAUAUUCCUAAGUCAAAAGUGUCAGAAAUGGGCAGCCCAAACUCGAAAGUGUCAGAUUUGUGUAGUCCUAAAUCAGGCGUGGAGGAAAAUAUUCGAGAGAGGAGAAAUUCAGGGAGAAUGAGCAGUGAUAUUCAUCCGGCAUUUUCUGAUGUCAUUCAUCAAAGGUCAAGGUCAAGUCUUUGUGAUCUAUCACCAAGAAUGGAUCAUUUACGGGCAUGGAGUGAAUUUUAUCUGAAUAAAACAUUUGGAAGGCCAGACAUCUUUCCUCCUCACAGUUCAAAGCCUCAAGGAAAAAAUGAAAAUGUCUUACCGCAGAAUUUAAGGUCACCUUUAUGGGAACCAUGGAAAAUGCCACCAUGGUACAGUCCAAGGAGGGACGAUGUCCGAAGUCGUGCUAGUACAAGCACACUGUCCUCUGAUUUUGAAUGUGAAGUAAUAAGUAUAGAUGAUCAUCAAAUGAAUGCGCUGAUAAGAUCUGACGGUUGUAAUAGUAUCGAGAUAGAGUUUGAUAACAGCUCCUUGUGUUCAAACGAGGACUCACCGAGAAAACACUUGUCAACAAAUUCUAGAAUGAGUGAUUUUGCAUCACCUAUGAAAAAUAACUUUUUUCAACCUAUUGAAAAAUUACUAAUAAGUGAACCUAGAUCUCUUAUGUCUCCAUGGCAAGAUGAUAGUCCAGCUGUGUCUGAAUCAGGUGGAAAUUCUCUUUGUAAUGAAAGCUUGAAUAAAAUCUCAAAGCAGACUGUUAAAGGGGACACAAUUGAGAAAACCUCAUCUCCAAAACUAGGUAAAAGGUCCAAAAUGUUUAUAAAAGGGUCCGUUUGUAUCCGACAAGAGCUUGGAGAUGAAGGAACUAUGCAGCUUGAACUGCCAGGCCACAAGGUAACAGUUGAAGACACUGUUCUAGGGGAGGAAAUGUUAAAGGAGUGUAGUAAUGUUGAAGAAUUGAAGGAGUUCAUUAAAAGUAACCACAGUGUUCAGGUGAAUAAGCUUACAGAUACAGACUUUGUUUAAGGCAGCUCUGUGUUGUAUAUAGUAAAAAAGGUGUAAGUUGAUAACACAUAUGUAUUUCAGUGAAUAUUUUUUAUCCUGAUCGCAAUAGAUUUUAUAUCAUAUUGUUUGCUUAGCUUACAUAUAAUAUGAUAACGUUGUUAUAAUCUUAAAUAGUAUUUCUGUUCUUGUUUUUUUUUUUUUUUUUUUGCCCGAUAAAAGACCCAUUCAUAUUCUUUUAUAAGGUGUUAGGGUGCUCCAGAGCCUUAAUGAAUUUGUUAAUGGAUGAACCCAAGCACCUUAUAAACUGUAUGUACUACUUUGUCAAUCCUCAUAAUUCAAAGCACUAAAAGCAGGUAUAUUUUAUUAAAUACUAUCGCAGGUUUAACAUUGAACAGCAGGACUCUUUUUACAUAGCUGGAAAAUUAAUAGAGAAGUGGUAUAUUAGACAUCGUUGCAUUGUCUGACUUAAUUAAUAUACUUGUUUCUUCAGUAAUUACAUACAUUAAAGAUAUCUUCUUAUUAAAGUUAUUUCCUUUAAAGAAACCUACAAAAAGUAAUGUGCAAGAUAUUCAAAUGAAAUCUGCCAUGUUUUACAAAAUACAUGAUCUGUGAAUGGGUUUUGACAUUACAAUUUUAUAUUAAGUAUGAUAAUAUUGGUAGAAAAUCUAAAUUUUACGGAUUUUGUGUUGUAGAAUCUGUUUACAGUUCUACAUAUUUUAAAAAAUAACAUGUAAUAAGGUUAAAGAGCUUAAGAUAAAGUUGAAAACUCAGGACUUUAGCCUCUGGUGAAGUUUUAUGUUGAUUUUACAGUGAUCAUUAUUAAACUAAAGUCUCAGUAUUAUAAUAUUUUACAAAACAGUCUUUGUCUUGAAUUUUAGCUUUGAUGACUUACAUAAGUCCACUGCAACUGCACAGGCAAACUUUGCUGCUAAAAGUAAAAAAUAUUAAAUUUUGAAACCAUUGUGCAACAAUCAUGAAGCUGGUUUGUAGUUUCUUUCGAAUUUGCUUUUUUUUCUAGUGUUUAGUGGGUGGCAUCCACAGUUGAAUGGAUAAUGUCACUGACUGAAUCACUUGCCUAUCACUGAUCUCGGUUGUAGACUUUGCUUUGGGUGUAAAGUUCUUCAUGUGACAUUGUUAGGAAACCACCCAGCUUGAUUGCUUAAGGUCUGUGACUCUAUCCAGGUGCUUGCCCUUGCCUGAAAGAAUGCCUGGAGGGGCAUCUGGGACCAUCUGUCACCAUCAGAAGUUGAAUAAAUCGCCAUACGACCAUAUUGUAUCCAUAUGACUUCUUAAACUAUCAUAGGAAUUUUACUUUGUUGAAAGCUAAUUUAAGUCGCAGAUAUGUAUGUAGAUAACUGACCAGGUUUACAGGAAAGCCUUCUGUCUGGUAUAAGUGGUGAGGAGCCUGAUUUUUCUGAACAAAUUUUAGAUGUACCAGAAUGGACUUUGUUGGUUCAUUUAGUAGGUCCUUUGUGAAUAGAUCCAAGAAUUUUUAGCCAGUAGAACAUGUCUCUCAUUUAUAUACAACCUGUUUUGAAUUCAGAUGCGGCUUAAUCCAGUCAUGUUAUUUAAAUGCUUGUAGAUGAAAAUUUCAGAAGUUCUGAGUAUAUGUACUGUUGUAUUUCUGAAUAUAGAAUGAAAUCUUGUUGAAAUUGGACAAAAUGUUAGUGAUUUUUGUGCUUUGCCCCGAUCAAGUUUUAAAUCUUUAUUGUUUUUAGACACUGUGAAGUGUUGCAUUUAUUAUUGCAUAUUUUGUUAUUAGUCUAUCAUUAUUUACUAUUUGUACACAUUGUACAUUCAUUAUUUACUACAUGUAUUACAUUGCUAUUUGUUAUUGUGAUGUCUGUUGUAAACUUCAUGUUUUAUGAACAUAUCUGUUUGUUUAAAGCCACUUUUUACAAUUGUCCAAUCUUUAUGACUGAGGGAACAUGCGAGCUUCAGGUUAGAUAGUCAAAAUAUAUAUAUAAUUGCAUUACUGGGAAACAAUUGAGAAAUGGAAGCUAGGUUCGUAGUAUAUCUCCAUCCGAUUAGUUUAGUUAUUGGAGCAGAAGGCUGUGUGAAAAUUUUAAAUAAAGAUAUAAAAUGUUGAAAAGAUUGUUAACACAUAAUAGAAAAUGCUUUUAUAUAAAUGGUACAUUUGCUUAUUGAAUAGAAAACAUUGUUAAAAAAAAAAGAAAUUUAUACAAUUAAAAUUUGUACAAACACAUCAGGUGGCCUGCCUGAUUUAUAUUUCUGUAUUGUCAGUGAAACACCUGCGGGGGAACAGUUUAGUACUUUGCAAAAUACAGAAACACCUGUUUGAUAAAUGGCAGCCAUUAAAUAAUAGAAAUACUAUUGACCCUGAAAGUAUUUUGAGUGUGAAUUGGUUUUCUUGCUUAAAGCAUUUGAAUUACAUAAUAGGUAUGUUGAUACACUAGCCUGAAGCACAUAAUGUUUUCCUUAGUCUUGCAGAUAUUGUUUCAUAUUUGUGUGUUUUAAAUUAGUGCUUUAGUGGAGUAUCUAGUCAAAAGGAAAAGUGUUGUAUUUCUUUCAGAAUGAUUUACAUACUACAAAGAAUCUCACUAUAUUUUCUUUACCUUAUUCAGUGGAACCUUUCUAUACUAGGGGAAAUGCUCCAAAUUAAACAUUGCCUUGGUCUGUAUAAUGAUGUAACAAGCAAGAAACCUUCAAAAUUAAAUUUAUGUUUUGGUCCUAUGUAACUUGGUUUAGAGGUGUUCUAGUGUACUCUUAGCAUGGAUAUAUACAGGUUUCAAAAAUUCAGUUUGCAUAAUGAUAUACUGUUAAAAUCUUUCUCAUUAGGGUACUACUUUAUUUUAUUCUGUUUAAAUCCGUCAGUAUUUGUUUUUUUUUCAAACUUCCAACAAAAAAAAGGAAUUCAUGUUGUCUCCAUUAAGUAGCCAUUGAAAAGCAUAAAAUUUCAUUCUAGUGAAAUUCUUGGCAUUUUUUUUUCAGUUUUUGAUAGACAAAAAGAUCUUUUUUGACAGAAGAUUGAGAUUUCAAGAUAUAUAUGUGCUUGCAUAUGUCAGAAUUUCAAGGAAAUGUUAAUAAGUGUCCGUUGAAAAUUUGAUGGGAGUUGUUCCCUUCGUGUAUAUAUACACGUCUAGGACAUCAGGAUUUUGUUUACCAUAUUGAAUAUUUUUAGCUAUUUUGUGUGAAAAUUGCAAUGUUCUUAGUGUUGACAUCACUUGAUGUAUUGUCCGAAAUUAUGUUUUCCUAUACCUAUAGAAGUAUGAAAAGUCAAACUAUCUUUUCUUGAAAUUUCACCACAAGCAAGGUCUAACUGGUAGUGUCAAACUCUAGUUUAAUAUUUUUUACUCUGGCAUGAACAUUUAUAAAUUUUAAAUUUCCAUUUGUGUACGAAAGAAUGUCAGUCUUUAAAUCACAACAUUUCAUACAGUUGUGUACUCUUUCAAAAAACCUUACAUGUAUUAUUUCAUUAUGAUCUGAAAAUGGAUGAUUUUUAGGCUUUUUAUUUGACAAAUAUUGUAUAAUACUACACUUCUGUAUAUAUAAACUUGCAUGGAAUGUAGUUUCUAGUGCAUGUUUGUACAUAUGAAAUGUGUCUUAGUUUAUUUUUUGUCUAUGUUUUGUCUGAUGAAGUUGUAAAUACAUGGUUUGUCAGUACAUAACAAGCUGUAAAUUUUCCUAGAGGAACUUUUUUCUUCAUUUUUUUUUUUUAAUUUCAGUUAAUAUGUAAGGUGGCUGAAAUACUGAUAAUUAGCCUUUAUUUUAUCCAGGUAUUGUUGAAAAUUAGUUGCAGUAGAACCUAUAGCUGUUUAAACAAAUGUCUUGUUAAAAGUAACUGUUGAGAAAUUAUUAUAUUGUAAAAUCAGAUAUAUUCACUAGACUAAAAGUUUACUUUAUUUAUGCCGCCCUUUGAAGAAGAGGGGGUAUAUUAUUUUUCACAGUGUCCCUAACUUUUGUCUGUUAGCUGGUUGAUAGACCAUUUGGUUUCUGAUCAAUAAGUAGAGAAUGCUUUGUCUCCCAAUUGUCAAACUUCUUGGAAAGAUUGACUUUGGUCAAUAGAUGACCCCUUUUUUUAGGGGUCAUUAAGUCAAUGUACAGGGUCACAGUGACCUUGAGACUGAAUGCAGUUUUAGCUCGAUACAAAAGAAUGCUUUGACCAGCAGUCAUCAAACUUCAUACUUGGGAUGAUUUCUUGUGGUUAAUAGAUGGCUCCAAUUGUUUUGAUAGUCAAUUGGUCAAAGGUCAAGGUCAUAGUGAAAUUGAGAUCGAAAAACAGGUUCAGUUCAAUACCUUAAAAAUGUUUUUCCCAUUAGUGGUCAAACUUCAUAGGAUGAUAGUCUGUGGUCAGUGGAUAACCCUUAUUGUUUUCGGCUCAGGAGGUCAAAGGUCAAGGCCACAGUGACCGCUAGAUCAAGAACGGUUUCCACUUAAUAAUUGAAGAAUGCUUUGGCCUACAGUCAAUGAUUGCUUGUGGUCAGUAGUUGACCCCUAUUGUUUGGAUGGUCACUAGGCCAAAGGUCAAAAAGUUAUUUUGUCAAAAAUCAAGGACACACCAAUCGAAAUUGCAAACAUGCUUCUAAUAGGCCAUCAGUCAUUGUCUUUCCUUCUAAUCCUAUCCAUACAGAUGUAAUAAAUGUUUAUAUAACUAUAUGUACAUUUAUUGUGGAAUAAAUAUGUUCAAAGUAAUAGGCCAUCAACGUGUGCAUAUGUGAUUUACAGCUCUUGUUAAAAUUUGAAUUUAUUUAUAUGGUAUAACAUUCGCACUAUAUGGGCCAACUUUUCAGACAUACAUGUCUGUUUAUUCUAAACCUGUAUUCUUCCAUUGAAUGAUUCAUAUUUGUAUUUUGCAACCAUAGAGUAUAGUUCUUUAUCAGAUAGAACUUGUUGCAUGUUGAAUUUCAAAUCUCCAUGUUGAUUAAAUGACAGACAAAAGUAAAGGCAGGAAAUUUGAAUUUCAAAUCUCCAUGUUAAUUAAAUGACAGACAAAAGUAUCGGCAGGAAAUUCAACAUGAGUAAAUGUUUGAAGCAAUUUUUAGGAUAUGUUUAUAUAGAUGAAAUUGUUUCCAUCUGCAUUGCUUUUCUUUUUUACUGGGAAAAAUAUGCUUAAUAUAAAGGGAUAAUAUUACAUUGUCCUGCACAAUUUGGGAUGUAUUUGGACUCAUAAUCAUAAAAAAAGAUAUUGUACUUUCCUAUUGCAGCCUGCGCUUAGCUCAUUGGGGGAGUGCAAAUCUAUGGAUCGGGGGGUCGUGAGUUCCAUCCCCGGGCAGAGCAUAUGUUCUCCGUGACGAUUUGAUAAAAGACAUUGUAUCUGAAAUCAUUCGUCCUCCGCCUCUGAUUCAUGUGGGGAAGUUGGCAGUUACUUGUGGAGAACAGGUUUGUAUUAGUGCAGAAUCCAGGAACACUGGUUCCGUUAACUUCCCCCUGUUACAUAACUGAAAUACUGUUGAAAAUCGGCAUUAAACCCAAAACAAACGAAAAAAACUUUCCUAUCAGCCUGUUCACUAUUUUUAGCUCACCUGUCACAUAGUGACAAGGUGAGCUUUUGUGAUCACGCAGCGUCCGUUGUCCGUCGUCAGUGCGUGCGUCCGUAAACUUUUGCUUGUGACCACUCUAGAGGUCACAUUUUUUAUCGGAUCUUUAUGAAAGUUGGUCAGAAUGUUCAUCUUGAUGAUAUCUAGGUCAAGUUCAAAACUGGGUCACAUGCCAUCAAAAACUAGGUCAGUAGGUCUAAAAAUAGAAAAACCUUGUGACCUCUCUAGAGGCCAUAUAUUUCACAAGAUCUUCAUGAAAAUUGGUCAGAAUGUUCACCUUGAUGAUAUCUAGGUCAAGUUCGAAAUUGGGUCACCUGCCUUCAAAAACUAGGUCAGUAGGUCUAAAAAUAGAAAAACCUUGUGACCUCUCUAGAGGCCAUAUAUUUCAUAAGAUCUUCAUGAAAUUGGUCAGAACGUUCACCUUGAUGAUAUCUAGGUCAAGUUCGAAACUGGGUCACGUGCCAUCAAAAACUAGGUCAGUAGGUCAAAUAAUAGAAAAACCUUGUGACCUCUCUAAAGGCCAUAUUUUUCAUGGGAUCUGUAUGAAAGUUGGUCUGAAUGUUCAUCUUGAUGAUAUCUAGGUCAAGUUCGAAACUGGGUCACGUGCGGUCAAAAACUAGGUCAGUAGUUCUGAAAAUAGAAAAACCUUGUGACCUCUCUAAGAGGCCAUAUAUUUCAUGAGAUCUUCAUGAAAAUUGGUCAGAAUGUUCAUCUUGAUGAUAUAUAGGUCAAGUUUGAAAGUGGAUCACGUGCCCUUAAAAACUAGGUCAGUAGGUCAAAUAAUAGAAAAACCUUGUGACCUCACUAGAGGCCAUAUUUUUCAUGGGAUCUGUAUGAAAGUUGGUGUUCAUCUUGAUGAUAUCUAGGUCAAGUUCGGAAAUGAGUCACGUGCCAUCAAAAACUAGGUCAGUAGGUCAGAUAAUAGAAAAACCCUUUUGACCUCUCUAAAGGCCAUAUUUUUCAUGGGAUCUGUAUGAAAGUUGGUCUGAAUGUUCAUCUUGAUGAUAUCUAGGUCAAGUUCGAAACAGGGUCAUGUGCGGUCAAAAACAAGGUCAAUAGGUCUAAAAAUAGAAAACCCUUUUGACCUCU